AUGCAUGAAUCAGGUGACCAAGUUACUCAACAAGCUGAUGGAGGUUCACAGUUGCAUGAGCAGUGCCAGAAUUCUCCAAUUCAACAAUCUCAACUUGGAACAAGGCAUGAACCAACUGAAGAAAAUCCAAAUCAGGAUUCUCGAGGUCCACAUUCCAAUGACACCACCUUCAUGUCAUGCAACUCUGAUAAUGCAGGUACUACAAACGAUUCAAGUGAAGUACAUCAGAAAACCCGAGGCCCUACAUUUAUGAAAGAAAUUUGGGGUCGGCCUAAGGACCUUCCACGGAUUGAGAUUAAACUCGAUGACAAUAGGAUCCCUAUAAGUGAGAAAACUUCUUUCUUUGAAUUCUUGGGCAGUUUGGAUAGGAAUGGUAUGUAUUGUCCAAUAGAUGUUGAAAGUUGGCUUAAGGUGCCAAGGAAACUUAAAAUGGACAUGUUAGAAGUGAUAAAGGAAAGGUUUGCUUUGCCUAUGGGACUGGAAGCUUGGACCUUAAGAUCUAUUGGCAAAAAAUGGAGAAGCUGGAAGGCAGAUUUAAAGGCUACAUAUUUUGAUCCUGCCGUGCCAAUUGCUGAAGCUCGGUUUCAAAAGGACAUAAGGGUACGGGAAGAGCAAUGGAUCAAACUUUGGGCUUAUUGGAAAAGUGAAGAAGCAAAGCAACUAAGUGAGAGGAACAAGAAAGCUAGAGGGGAGAAGAAGAUGAACCACACAACCGGAAAAAAGUCAUUUGCUCAUCUUCGGAACCACUUGGCCAAACAGUUGGGAAGACCUCCUACUAGAGUAGAAAUGUUUAAUAAGUUUUAUACCCAUGUCGAUGGAACUCCAUCAAGUAGUAUAGUUGCUGAGAAUUUGGAAAAAAUGAAUGAACUGAAAAAUCAGCUUCCAUCGGAUUUGCACGAUCCAGUUGGUCGCAAUGACAUAUUUGCCCAGGUGGUUGGGCAAGACAAACAUGGUCAUGUUCGCUUGUUUAGUGACGGUGUGAAUCCAACGGACUUAUGGGAAGACAUUCCUAGUCGUAACACAUGUUACCGUAUCAAUAUUCAACAACAGUCAACAUUGGUAGGGAAUAUGGUUUCACUAAAAAGUUUGUUUGACCCAACAAAAAUCGUGGCAAAGGGAUAUUUACGGAGUCUGAAUCCAUUGGAUGAGGUCGGGGGACAAGCUCUUGGGCCAAACCGGUGUAAAAUACAGAUACAAGUUGCAAUGAGUCCACGUGAGCAAUUGAUUAGACCGUGGAACCAGCUGAAGAAUGAUAGGGACUUCGUGGUUAUGACUGAGGGCUCUCAACACAAUGGAAAGUUUGGAAGUUACUUCUACUUCUUUCAACUUCUUAGGGAUGAGAGUCUUUUAGUUUGUGCACAAGAAAGUCUUUCAAGUUCUCGUACAUGA